AUGAAUCAAGAUGGCUAUUCGCACCACCUCCACAAGACGGGCAAUUGGAUGCCAGCCGACCACAAAGUUCACAAAGAAUGGCUCGGCGGAAUAAUGAAAAAAGUCGACGAAAACCAGACGGCACUCCAUCCAGUCCUCGAAGAAUUCAAACACCUUAUCGAGACAAACACAAGAGUAUACAUGCUCCUUACCUCAAUGUUCAAAGAAGUCCCCCGCCGAAAACGAUACGGUCAUGACCCAACUGGAAACCCAGAAAUCCGCGAUUAUCCUCAUUUCUUACAAGUCUUGAACCAUCUCCUUACCACUGCCCCUUCAUGGACUGAUAAAUCUCACCGUGUGGGUCUGGUUGGGUUGCCUAUCAAUGCAGUCCUCGAUUGGCCAAUGGGUACACCAAGUGGUUAUGCAGCAUUCCUCGACCCAGAGAUAAAUGCAAUGAUCAAGAAAAUCCUCAAUGCCUGGGGUGAAUAUCUGCGCUCGCCCGCUUCAGCCGAUGUCCUGAGUACCUCUUCUCACGGCUGGUUCGGCGAAACAGGUCGUCGUGACCUAACAGCCGUCGCAAAGAUCGGUCCUACAGCCGCGACGGAUCUGCAGUUCGCCGACAUGUUUGAAUGUGACCCCUCCAAACCCAACCACGGGUUCAACUCCUGGGAUGAAUUCUUUACGCGAGUCUUCAGGGAGGGGAUCCGUCCAGUCGCCGACCCAGAAGAUGGAAAGGUCAUCGCCAAUGCGUGUGAAUCGAAGCCAUUCAGAACUGCGCAUCACGUGAACGCGCGUGACAAAUUUUGGAUUAAGAGUCAGCCGUACUCCGUUCUUGAUAUGCUUGGUCAUGAUGAACGCGCUUCGCAUUUCGUUGGUGGGACUGUCUAUCAGGCUUUCCUUUCUGCUUUGAGCUAUCACCGCUGGCACGCGCCCGUUACUGGAAAGGUUGUUGGGGCUUAUGUUGUUGAUGGUACUUAUUAUUCUGAGCCGUUAUUUGAAGGGGUUGGGGAUCCUCAGGUUUCGGCCAAGGAGAUUGAUAUGGCUGGCCAGGUUACCUCGCAAGGAUACAUUACUUCGACUGCUACCCGCGCUCUGAUUUUCAUUGAGGCGGAUGAGCCUGCUAUUGGGCUCAUGGCGUUUAUCGGUGUUGGUAUGGCUGAGGUGUCGACCUGUGAUAUCACUGUCAAGGAAGGAGAUCGGGUUAACAAGGGUGAUGAGAUUGGCAUGUUUCACUUUGGUGGCUCCACUCACUGUCUUCUCUUCCGGAAGGGUGUUGAUGUGUUUGGGUUCCCUGAACCUGGGAUGGAAGACAAUAUGCCUGUUCGGAGCAAGCUGGCUAUUGUUUCAUGA